GUGUCAGCUCAAUCCCCGAAGAGGGUUAUCCGUGGCAAGAUGCGUAAAGUUUGGCUUCUCGCCAGUGCCGUACUGGCGUUUCUUAACUUUGUAAAAUCUCAGGAGGUAGCUCGGACACUGUACAGCACCAGAUACGACAACCUGGACAUUGACACCAUUUUGGGCAGCAAUCGGCUGGUGUCGAACUACGUCGACUGUUUGCUCAGUCGCAAACCGUGCCCACCGGAAGGCAAGGAUCUGAAACGCAUUCUUCCAGAGGCAUUGCGUACCAAAUGUGCCCGCUGUUCACCGAUUCAGAAGGAGAACGCACUAAAGAUCAUCACCCGUCUAUACUACGACUAUCCGGAUCAGUACCGGGCGCUGCGUGAGCGCUGGGAUCCUUCCGGCGAGUAUCAUCGCCGGUUUGAGGAGUAUCUGCGCGGGCUGCAGUUUAAUCAGAUUGGCGGUGGCGGCAGUGGCAGUGGCAGCAACGGUGGUAAUACGAUCGAGAGUGGUGGUAAUGACAGGCCGGUAAGAAAUGACCUCGAUCGACAGCCCGCAUCGACACAGAGCAGCAAUGUGCAGCCGAUAGUGAUUGAUCCGACGCUGGCCGGCCAGCCUUCUCCGACAUCCUCACCACCACAACCGCCGUUAGCUGUUGCGCCAGCGACCGAACGACCUAGGCCCCCGGCACCGGUAGCACAAAUUUUAUUCCCUACCACUACCGACACUACCAACAAUACUACCAUCAUUACUACUACCACCUCUACUACCACCUCUACUAGACCCUCCAAUUCUGGACCAGUAGAACUCACCGGCAACACGCCUAGUGCGUCCAUUCCCUUUAAUACGGUUACCAUUUCUAGUAGCAUAGCGAGUAGUAGCCCUUUCGAGGUUGGUGCGGACUCGAUUCCCAGUGGGCUUCCGGGUCUGCUAGAUACCGAACCCGACUCACCAGCCACAGCCGGAGCACCCGUAGUACCGGUACCGGCUCCACCACCGGUAGUGGUGAAUCGGUUCGGUGACGAUGGUGGCAAUAGUCGACCGUCCAUUGCACCAGUACCUGUGGUGCCUGUUGUGCCGCAGACGACAACGACGACUACGCAGAGGCCUACCACUACAACCGUUCGGCAGACGCGCCCUGCUACACGUCAGACGACGACCAGAAAUACUCAGCGUACAACAACGAGAUUUAUAACACGUGUGCCUCAGACACCGCCAUCAACAACAACAAUUACAACAACACCACGCACUAUCACAACGACGAGGACGUCGACCAUUUUACAACAACGACCACUACUACCAGCACCACCACCACCACAACCGUUUCCAGCACAACAACAACCAAUACUACCACCACCACAACAAUAUCCAACAAUAGUAUACGAGCGUCCACAGGCUCCACCGAGAGCUAGUCCGCCACCACCAAAACCACUACCACCUACGGCACCACCCGCUAGACCUUUCUACAUACCUCAGGAGCCUCCGCGCACGCCACCGACUCAGUACGGACAGACCACCCCGGACAGCAUUAUUGAUCAUUUCUUUGUUCCACCGUCGCAGGCCGCUUCCCUACCGCCGAGUCCGAUUGUUGGUCUCUGGAACCAGCUCGGUACGAAGAUUGCCGAUACGGCAGACGCUAUCGCUGGAAUGCUGCAGAAGACGGUCGAUGUGCUGGUGACGAGCCACAUCCAAUCGCAUCAGCGAGCCCUGCGGCGAAUCUAG